AUGCAGCUAAGAGCCCCUGUCUUCCCUGAGGCUGCACAGAGGGCAGCAGCUUUGCUGCAGCAUGUGCGAGAAGAUGAGAGAGAAGAUCCUGCUGCUGCUGCAGCAGCAGCAACAACAGCAGCAGGACCAUCAACAGCAACAGCAGCAGCAGCUGCAGCAGAAGCAGCAGCAGCAGCAGCAGAACCAACCACAUGGAGGUUCGGGCCUCAGCCUCUGCAACCUCUCAGACGCAUCAAGGAGACAGCUGCAUUAGGAGAUGCGUUAGACAGAGACAGAGAGACAAACAAACAAAUAAAACAAAGAGACGCUGAACAGCUGCCCUGCGCUCUGCCUCCUCAGUCUCUUCAGCCAGCGGCACCCCACAGCAACACAGAACGCCGCAGCUGCAUGCGCUGCUGGGUUGCUGCUGCACCCCUCUACUGCAGCAGCUGCAGCAAGUUCUUGUGCGGGGCUUGUGCUGCUAUUAUUCAUGUGUCUCCUUCAAAGGAGACACAUAAAGUAGGUACAGCAGCAAGAGCGCAGGUUGUGGAUAUUCCGCGCAGCAAAACCCUGCAGCUGCAGCAGCAGCAAAGCAGCUUCUCCUUAGCUACCAAACCCUCACAAGUUCGAGGAAUGCAGUGCCCUCGCCAUGCAAAUGAACCGGCUCGCUAUGCAUGCCUGGACUGCAAGUACAGCCUUUGCUAG